UCAACAUCGGCACACUUUACCGAUAUUGUUCAGAAUGGGGCAAAAGCUUCAACAACGUUGCAAGAUGUCACAAAGAACUCUUGUAUGCCUCCUACAAACCCGAAUCUACAAUCUACAACAGAUAUUGCAAAAAUCCUUCCACAAUCGGUGCAAUUGUCCGAGUUAGGCAGAUGGUGCAAAUGCUUCAGGAUCGCAACAGGUAAUCGCAAACUCCUGUGGUAUCCUCCCCAAAAUCCCAAUCUCCAACCCGGAUCUGAUAUUACAAAAAAUUUUGCUCCCCUUUUCAAAAAAACCCCAUCAACUUCGCCUCCUUUGGUGUUCAUUUUUCCUUCGGCUCCUUCGAGCUCUUCGGAUACACAGUCUCCACAGCCGAUUGAAGGGGUCUCCUCUCCAAUGCCUUCAGCAUCCUAUUUUAGGCCAGCCAAACGGGUGGUUUUCAAUAACGGGGAACCUGGGAUGUAUUGGUCUUCUGAGGAAACUCAAACUCUCUCAAAGAAGUUCCACCAGACCUUAAUAGGAAAAUGCGCAUAUGGUUAA